AUGGAUGCUAACUGCUCCUAUAUUUAUGAACCCUCUCCUUUGCUGGUGCUGCCAGAGCGGAAAACGUCUGCGCGAUGUCCAGCGUCGAAAUGGCAUCAUCAAACCAAAACAACUAAAACUCCACUAUUAUUUGAUGAAGAUAUUGUGGUUUUGGAGAAUGAACCAGGUACAUGGUCUUGGAACAGAGUGAGAACGUCUUCUCCUAUGAACAAGCAUUCGAAGAAAAUCAACUAUUUAUUCGAGGAUGGGAUUAAGGAAGAAUCAGACCAAAAACCUAAUAUUCGAACGCCCGUUUCUAGCGUAGCGAUACAAGUCGGAACUCGCCGGAAGCCAACUUACACAAAAGAUGUUUCCACAUCCGUUGACAAACUUCCUGCUCAAGAAGCAAUGGAUGCUUACUUCUCCGAGCACCCUUUCCUCGAUCUUCUUGGAAGCUGUGGAGGAAUUAUGGUCUUUGCUGUUUUUCUUUACUACACCAUUACUUGGUACUCCUGGAUCAUCCAGUGCGUCCAGAGUUAA